UUCUAUACAUGCCUAAACCCUUUGAUUCAGAAGGGGAAGAUCAAACCCAGAGAUUGCAAAAGGAAAAAAAAAAUUGCAUGAAAGAAUAAUGAAUAUGCCUAUGAAAUUGAAGCUAUUUUUUCUGUUUCUCAUUUUAUCAACCUUCUGUUCACUUUCUCAUGGACAGAAUGAGAAUGUUGAUCUGCCAUCCCAUGGAAUUAUGGGGUUGAAGGAAAAAUUGGAUGAAGGUAGACCAGGAAAUAGAAGUUUCAUAUUAGCUGAGAAAGAGACAUAUAGGAAGGAUCCUCUAGACCAUUUUAAUUAUUAUACAGGUGGAUGGAAUAUUACUAACAUACAUUACCAGGCUUCUGUUGCUUAUAGUUCUGCUCCUUUCGCCGCCAUUGCAUUAGUCUGGUUCGUGCUGUUUGGUCUAUUUCUGUUAUGUGCUUGUAUUUGUUGCUGCUUCUGCCGCCGCAAAAAGCCCUAUGGUUAUUCUCGACUCGCUUAUGCAUUUUCUCUCAUCUUUCUCAUACUUUUCACCAUUGCUGCAAUCAUUGGAUGUGCUAUAAUGAACACUGGAGUGGGAAGAUUCCAGGGCAGCGUAAAUGGUGCAACAAAGUACAUUGUGAAUCAAGGAACACGUAUCGUCAAUAAUCUUAUAAGCGUAUACAAUUAUCUUUCCUCCGCCAAGAAUAUCGAUUUGAACCAACAUUUUCUACCUCCUAAUCUCAUAAGCGAGAUCGACAAGGUCAACUCGCUAAUCAAUGCAACUGGAAACGUUCCUCAUGUCAAAUCAGCUCACAUUACAGAUUCCAUGCAACACAAUCUUAACCCUGUGUAUGUCAAUUGCAUUUUUGUGUUAUGAUUUUUAUGCUGU